AAUUUCGUCUCAUUAAAGUUCGCGUGCUCGGUACAUCAUUAUAUAAAAUGGUGGCAACUCAGCCAAUCCGUUGCCAACACUUGCCCAAGCGAACCUUUUUCGCCGCAGCAUUGCUUCUGUUGCUGAAUUGUUGCGGCGGAGGCGUUACAGCCGGCUCGCCUUUCAUAUAUGCGCGCAACGGCGUGCGGCUAGUUGGCGGCGACAAGACUACCGGUCGUCUGGAGUUGCAAACCGACAGGUCUUGGGUGCCAGUCUGCGACGAUUUCUACUUCGACGGAAAAACUAUCCAGAUCAUGUGCCAACUCUUGGGUUACAAUUACGGCAGGAAGUACUACAACCCGCGACUGGCCUACCUUAGCAAGGACAACAACCUCCGCGCGAGUCAAAUAACUUGCUACAAGAAGCCCCGUCACCGUGCCAGGUCCUCGGACGCGCCGCACCUUCGCAGCUUGUCAGCGGCUUCGGGAGACCAAGCCAGUGAUAGACCCGGUGUCCAGUCAUCAGCCGAUGGACUUUACCGACCGGAUGAUAUUUCUCGACACGGCGGGAGGAAUCUGCUGGCCGUAUUAACGCACGACGUCAACACUUCGGAUUCCGCGCCGUACGCCUGCAAAGUGGUAUGGGGCAAAUGCAACCCCAGGAGUCCAGUGGGCGUCAUCCAGUGCUCAAAAAAGAUGCUACCGCUCGCACCGCCAGUUCCACCCGCCCCUCCCCAACCCCCUUCUCCGCCGCCGCCUGCGCCGCAACAAGUCCGAAUCAUCUUCGGCGGCUCACCCGAUGGAGGCCUAGAACCCAACUUGUGUACAGGCGGCGCCGAAACGAUCUGUGAAACGUACGGGCGCGUUGAGAUGGAGGUGCGAAGCCCCGGAAGGAACUCGUCGGGCAAGGUCUGGGCGCCCGUGUGCAACAUCCCUGACAGCGCACUCGCAUUCCGUGUUGCAAGCGUCGCGUGCGAGCAGAGGUUUCAGAUGCGAUACCGGCCCUGGCUGCCCUUGCUGUUUUCGAUUCACCCGUCUGUCUCGAGUAACCCCUUCCUCAUCCCCAAAGGGAGUGACAUCACCCCGGGAAACUUCAACCCCAAGGUCAUCCAAGGUUGGGUUAACAUCACGGGCGGUGACUUCACCAUUGAUAGCAAGCUUCAAGACCAAGUAUUCAAGCAGCAGCGGAUAUCUGACUGCACCUGGAUGUCUCCCCUCGGACAGCACCCGCGGUCUAAGAAGCUGAUCUGGGGGAUCUAG